AUGUGUGAACAAGAAUGCAAGCACGAAGACACCAUGUGCAACGUGCCAUAUCGAAGUGCUGUCGGAGGCAUCAUGUAUCUCAUGGUCGCCACACGUCCGGAUCUAGCUGCUGCAGUGGGAUCAUUAUCCCAGUUCUCGUCCGACCCAUGCCCGACUCACUGGCAAGCUUUGAAGCGUGUGCUGAGAUACCUGCAAGCAACGCCCAAUCAUGGUCUUGAGUUUACACGUGAAGAAGGAAGCCGUAUCUGCGGGUACACCGACGCAGACUGGGCCGGCGACAUUGAGUCAAGACGAAGUACAAGCGGCUAUGUGUUCAUGAUGAGCGGAGGAUGCAUCAGCUGGAAAAGCCAGAAACAACGGACGGUCGCGCUAUCUUCAACAGAAGCAGAAUACAUGGCGCUUUCCGAAGCAACCAAAGAAGCAGUAUGGCUCAAAGUGCUUUUGGGGGAACUUGGUGAGAUGACAAGCGACGAAGCGAUCAAGAUGUAUGAAGACAACCAAGGAUCAAUCGCUCUCGCCAAGAACCCGGAGUUCCAUAAGAGAACAAAACACAUCGACAUACGCUACCAUUUUGUGCGUGAGAAGGUGGAAUCAGGUGAAGUCGUUUUGGAGUAUUGCCCGACUCAAGAUAUGCUGGCAGACAUGAUGACCAAGCCGAUCGCCGCUGUACAAUUUGAAAACAUUCGCGAUCGACUUGGGAUCCAAGGUGCCGCAGCUAACGAGUCGAGAGGGAGUGUUGAAAAGACAGCGGCUGUGAAGAAGACACCUCGUCAAGCUGCGUCAAGUGUUGAAGCAAGUGGAAGACCAAGCUUCGCUAUACCGGUGGGUACCGGUAUGUACCAGUAA